AUGCCUGCUGUCGGUGACCAGCACAAGCCGAACGGCAACACAACAGCCAACCCAUUCGAGGAGCAUCCGCCGCGGAUAACGGAAUACACUGCCCAAGAGAUUGCCACUCUGCAAAGCCGACUAGACAAGCAAUUAGGGCCAGAAUAUAUCUCCUCGCGCGCAGGCCCAGGCGGCUCGAAAGUCCAUUACCUAGCAGCCGACAAGGCCAUCAGUCUUGCCAAUGAAGUCUUCGGUUUCAAUGGCUGGAGCAGCUCCAUCCAAAACAUCCAGAUCGAUUUCGUCGACGAGAAUCCUCAGACGGGAAAGAUCUCUCUCGGCCUCUCCGUCAUCGUACGAGUGACACUGAAAGAUGGCACACACCACGAAGACAUUGGCUACGGACAGAUUGAGAAUUGCAAGGGCAAAGCAGCUGCGUUUGAGAAGGCCAAAAAGGAGGGGACCACAGAUGCAUUGAAGAGGACGCUAAGAACUUUUGGGAACGUUCUAGGGAAUUGCGUCUAUGACAAGAGUUACUUGUCAAAGGUCACAAAAAUGAAGGUUGGGAGCACCAAAUGGGACGAGGGUAUGCUACAUCGACAUGCAGAUUUUGCGCCCAAAAAGCUAUCAGAAGAGAAAAGGCAGAACCCGUCUGCUCCCGCGCAAGAAGCGACCCCGGAAUUUGAGGACAGCUUCUCGCUGGCGGACUUUGAAGAGCUUGAUUUUGACGGUGUUGAAACGGCACAUCCAGAUGAGGUCGCGUUACCUGCCGAAGCGACCGAUUCGACGAGCAGAUCAGCUAGUUCAGGUCCAGAACGGACACGCUCACAACCAAGAGUAGACCUGACCACGCCAUCCAAACCACCAGCCAUUGCAAAUCCCGAUCCUCGAAUGGGUCCCCCGAAGCCCGCUCAGACUUUUCCGUCCACAACUGUUAUACCUCAGCCUUUGCCCGGGCAGCGGCACCAAGCUGCAUCGGUCCCCAUUGCAAAACCUUUGACAGGAGAAGCUCGAUUCUCUGUUGACAAUUUGCCUCGGGCAUCUUCACCUCACAUAGCUCCCCAUCAUCCGCCUCCUCAGCAGCCCGGCCAAGGUAUUGGCUUCUACUCAGCUAGGGCUGCUGAGAGUCUUGAUGAGAACAACAAUGUGAUUCCGGCCGCAGCACCGGUAGCCCCCAAAUUCAAUCCACAUGCCGAAAGCCCGUCGAUCCGCAAAACACUCGGGGUGAAUCACAACAAGUCCGUCCCCUUGAAACGCGACCUGACACCCGACACGACAAAUUUGCGAACGAAUGUCAUCAAUCCGCAAUCGGACCCGAUAAGGCGUCUGGGCGCUCCCGGUUCCAAUGGACAAUCUUCGGGCAUCCGAGGGCCUAACACUUCUGCAUAUCGGCCUCCUACCCGACGAGGGCCUCUGGAAUCAGGCAACGGCCAAGUAUCGAGCACAGUCGAGUCGGGCGGAGUAGACCGCGUUUUGCAGGUAGCGAAAAGAACACCUCUGGGAGAUGUGAGCAAUCUGCAGCAUCACGUAACAGCAGUCACCAUGGACGGGGCCGAUGCUAAGAGACAGCGGGUGGAUGAUGUGGGUCAGAACGGCACUGAAGGAGUGGUCGCCCGUAACUCAGAAACGUACGAAUGA